AUGUCGAGGAUAGACAAGCUCUCCAUCUCCGGUGUCCGGUCCUUCAGUCCAGCCGUGCGUGAGGCUAUCCAGUUUAACACCCCGCUUACCCUCAUCGUUGGCUACAAUGGAUCCGGAAAGACGACCAUCAUCGAAUGUCUCAAGUAUGCGACCACCGGUGAACAGCCCCCAAACAGCAAGGUUGGGGGUGCCUUUAUUCACGAUCCAAAGCUCGCUGGCGAAAAAGAAGUCCUGGCUCAGGUCAAGCUACAGUUUCGCUCCAUCAACGACCGGCAACAUGUGGCCACUCGGAGCAUGCAGCUCACUGCUAAAAAGAACACCCGAUCGCUAAAGACGCUUGACUGCUCGCUGGUGGUUGUCAACAAUGGCGAGCGGACGACAACUUCGACCAGAACAGCACAGCUUGACGAAAUGAUUCCCGAACGACUCGGCGUUUCUCGCGCUGUCCUCGAUGCCGUCAUAUUCUGCCACCAAGAUGAAUCGCUUUGGCCACUUAGCGAGCCUUCAGCAUUGAAGAAGCGUUUCGACGAAAUUUUCGAGGCCCAAAAAUAUACAAAGGCCAUUGAGAACUUAAAGGUGCUUCGGAAGAAACAGGUGGAGCAGCUUUCGAUGCUGCAGAACGACGAGGCCCACAACAAGGCCAACAAGGAUAGGGGCGAACGGGCUGAGAAGCGUAUGAGUGGGCUCCAAACUGAGAUUGAAACGGCUCGCGACAAGUGCGAAGAUCUCACGAAGGAGAUGGAGGCAACACAGGGUAGAAUAACACAGAAGCAUCAACAGGCCAACAGCUUCCUCCAGAUCGUGCAAAACCUCAACAACAAGCGGGAGCAGCUUGAAUACCGCCAAGAUGCCAUUAACGAGCUCAAACAGACAAUUGAUGAAUUGCCUGAAACUGAUGAUGCCCUGGAGCGCGCUCUGUCCCAGUAUGAGGAAAGUAUGGGGCGCUAUCAGGAAGAGGCUGAGCAAAACAAGGCACAGUACGCCGAGCUCCAACAAGAACUGACAAACCACCGCCAAAGUCAAUCGGCAAAGUUGGCCGAACAGGGAAAACUACAGUCUGACAAGGAGAAAUAUGAACGACAACUAAAAGCGCGAGUGCAGUUGGUCCAGGAGGCUGCAAGCCAAUACAACUUUAGAGGCUUUGAUGAAGACGUAAGCGAUCAGUAUAUACAGGCUUUCCAAGACAAGAUUCAGAAGCUCUUGACCGAAAAGAGGCGAGAUUUGGAACGACUCCAGAAGGAGAACGCCGCGGAGCUAGAUAAGGCUACAGCCGUCAUUACUGAGCUAGAGGGGCGCAAAGCGGCCAGGACUCAAGAUCGUGUCUCUGCCAAACAGCGCAUGGGGGCUAUAGAAAAGCGUACAAGCGUCCUUCAGAAUGAAGCUGGGAACAUUGACGUUGAUGAGGGAGCCAAGGCGAUUCUUGACGGACAGCUUAAUGAGCUGGAAUCUAGAUUCAAGCAUGCCCAGCAAGAACUGGAAAAGUCAAACUGGGACCAACAGCUGACUGAAGCCAAUGAUAAGCAGUGGCAGCUGGACAACGAAAAUGAGAAACUUGGUCGCGAGCUCGUUGAGUGCACGCGGCUGGCGUCGGAGCGCGCACAGCUGGAGCUGAGGAAGAAGGAGAUGUCAGAUCGAAAACGAAAACUUGACACUCUGAUAGAGACGUGGAAGCCUAAGCUAAGUAGCAUCCUCGGAGAUGACUGGGAGCCGCAUACUCUGGAUUCUCGAUUCCAGUCGAUUCAAAGCCGCCAAAGCAAAGCCGUACAAGAGGCGCAAAAGCGUCGAGAUCAGACAAGGCAGAAACAGCAGAAGGUAGAGUAUAAGCUAAAAACUGCCAAAGAGACGCACAGUAAGAAGACGCAGGAGAUGAACCAGCGGAAGCAAGAAGUUGUUGCUGCGCUGCAAAACGUACGCGAUAAUGCGGUGGUGGAAGACUAUGUGGACGAAGUUGCUGCUGUGGAACAACAGGUUGAAGAGCUCCGGACCGAUCUCAGCCUUUUUGAUGCCUUAUUUGACUAUUACAACAAGUGCAAGCGUAUGCUGGAUACACAAAAGAAGUGCAGGCUGUGCGAUCGUCAUUUUGACGAUGGCCAAAGCGCAGCUCUUGACCGCCUGAGCAAGAAGAUCGAUAAGCACUUGGAUCCAAAAGGCAAAGUCGAUACUGAAAAGGACUUGAAAGAGGCCGUGGAUAAUCUGGAAGCGCUGCGUGCGGUGCGAUCAGCGUUUGAUACGUAUGAGCGACUCUCAGCAGAGCUGCCCGCUCUCCAAGACGAAUGGAAAACUGCUGAAAAUGAAUUCGAGACUCUGGAAAAAGAACUCGAAGAAGAAGACGCUCUGGUUGCUGCAGCAGAGGAGAAGCUAAGAGACCUCGGAGAUUUGGCCAAAACAGUUGCAAAUAUUUCCCAAACUGUCAGAGAUAUCAAGGAUGCCGAGGCCCAGGUAGACCGCAUCGUCUCGCAGCAAUCGUCUGGCGGCGUGACUCGCAGCGUAGAAGAGAUUCAUGAGCUUCAGUCAAGCAUAUCUGAGCAGAUCAGAACUCUGAAGAAUAGAAUCACCAAGCUCACAACCGAUAGGCAGCGGAUGAAAGACCAAGUCAACUCGCUUGAACUUGAGAAGAGUGAGCUGCGGAACAAGAUUGGUCGCACCGCAGGACAGCUUGAGAAGAAGAAAGACCUGCAGAACCAGAUCCAGACACUCAAAGAAGACUACACCCAUCAGCGCGAAGUGAUCCAGAGGACCGACGAAGAAUUGGAAAAAUUGGAGCCCAGCAUUACAGAGGCACGGUCAGCUCGCGAUGAGACAAUCCGUCAUGGUCGAUCAAAGGAACAGGUCAUUACUGACGAGCGAGAUGCCAUCGCCAAUUCCAUCGCCGAGAUCAAGAAGAUGGAUAACGAUAUCCAGGACUAUGUUGAUCGCGGUGGCCUGACCAACCUUGCAUCUAACCAGCGUGCCCUCGCCUCUCUCGACACAGCCAUCAGCACUACAGAGAAGGAGAUCGCCGAUGUUACAGUACGGACCAACAAACUCAAGCAAGACAUUGAUAGCGGAGAUCGGAAAAGGAAGAAUAUUAGCGAUAAUCUAAAUUAUCGCAAACACUUGCGGACCCUCGACGUUCUACGCAAAGACAUUGGGGACCUUGAAGAUCGAAAUGCUCACGAAGACUACGAAAGGCUUCAGGCGGAGGCCCGUUCUCUGGAGAACACAGCCAACCGGCUGGUAGCAGAGCGUGGGUCUGUCAUGGGCACAAUGAAGUCGAAGGACGAAGAGCUCGGCCGCCUCCUACAGGAGUGGGACAUGGAUUUCAAGGACGCCAAGAAGAAGUACCGGGAGUCCCAUAUCCGCGUGGAAACUACAAAGGCGGCGAUCCAGGAUCUGACCCAAUGCGGCUCUGCCGUGGACAAGGCGGUGAUGCAGUACCACUCCAUGAAGAUGGAAGACGUCAAUCGCAUCGCGAGCGAGCUAUGGCAGACAACGUACCAGGGCACCGACAUUGACACCAUCCUUAUCCGCUCAGACAAUGAGACUGCCAGCAACAAACGCAACUACAACUACCGCCUGUGCAUGGUCAAACAGGACACCGAGAUGGACAUGCGGGGCCGCUGCUCGGCAGGCCAGAAAGUCCUUGCCAGCAUCAUCAUUCGCCUGGCCCUGGCGGAGUCCUUUGGCGUCAACUGCGGGCUCAUUGCGCUGGACGAGCCGACGACCAACCUGGACAGGGACAACAUCAAGUCCUUGGCGGAGAGUCUACACCGCAUCAUCAAGACGAGGCAGCAGCAGAGCAACUUUCAGCUCAUUGUGAUUACGCACGACGAGGAGUUUUUGAGACAUAUGCGGUGCAGCGACUUUUGCGAUAGCUUUUUUAGGGUGAAGAGAGAUGAGAAGCAGAAUAGCGUGAUUUCGAGGGAGAGCAUUACCAAGAUCUUUUAG